AUGUUCUACAGCCACGAAAUCCUGACGAAUCGCCAAUAUGGCGUUGCGACCAUCUGGCUUGUUGCAACACUCGGCUCAAAGUCCAACCUGAAAAAGAUCUCUCGUCGAGCCAUCCUUGAUGUGGACCUCCAGAAGGCAUGCAAGACCAUCACAGAGCCCGAGGUGCCCUUGGCGUUGAGGUUGCAGGGCAGUUUGCUGUUUGGGGUCUCCCGCGUGUUCCAGCAGCAAUGCGGAUAUGUCUUGAUGGAUAUCACGAGCUUGAGAGACAGGAUGAGAGAGACGGAGCAUGUCUUCAAAGAGAUGGAGUUUGAUCCCCAUGUGGGAAAGACACGGCCAGAACAACUUAGCCUCGCAGAAGACCCAUAUUUCAUUCCGGAUCUUGAUAUCUACUUCGACCUCUCUGCAUUUGGCUUUUCCCCAGAAACCUCCACCUCCUCCGGAAGCGCCUCGUCUACUCUGACGUUGCCUUCAAGUCAGAGAAGUCACACUUCCCCUGAUGAAGCAGAAGAACUAGGGCUUGAGAUUCCAUUGUUCGAUACGCCUGUGGCAGGUUUUGGCGGCUUCGAUGUCCCCUUUGGAGAGGGCACGAGCUCUGUCGCGCAGACCGCCAACAGAGCCGACCCUCCCUCAAUCUUUGAGGAACCUGCCGUCAUUGAUGAUCCCCUCUUUGACGUCGAUGAAGAUGGCUUCCUCCAUCCCGCCAUUUCUGAUAGUCUUCUGGGUCUUCAGCUACCAUCUGAUGCAGGACUACCACUGCCAAGCGAUGCAGGGGCUAGCGAUCGGGGUGGUAGAGUGCAUCCACCCAUCGCAGGAGGGGAUGAACUAAUGCCCACCUUUGAUGACGAGAUGAACAUCUUGGACAAUGGGGAACUAGUCCUCCCGCCUCCAGCCCCUCAAAUUCCGUUGACGCCAGAGCCUGCAGAUGAGGCAGUUCGACAAGGGACCCGACCGACCUCAUCCGUCGAACCAUGCGAGGAAAGCUCAGAGACAGCAGACGCACCUCAGCGUCGUGCACGCAUGGUGAAAUCAAUUCGGCCAGAUCGCCAGACAGAGCUGAGCAACCGACACCUCAAUGAGUGGAAUCGGAAUUAUCUUGCCAACAUGGCGGCGGCUUCACACAUCAGACAGGGCCAACUUGCAAACUCCAAAGCUAAGAAGAACGCCGAAUUCUGGAUCCUACAACAAGGACUCGGGAAUGUUGCAUCUUGCUUUGGAGAUGACAGAGUCCCACAUCCACUUGCCGUAUUCAGUGGGCAAUCGCUGUGGGAUAUGUUGAGAGGAGGACCGGAUCAUGGAAAGAAGAGAUCACGAAGCGGUUCCCUAACGAAUGCAGAGCGAGAGGAGGACAGACGAGUAAGAGCCAGAACAUCAUCUCAAGAAGAAGUCGCUCGCGGAGUAGAGGGCGAGCGACUCCAGUAUGCUGAUGAGGACGGAUUGUCAUUUCAAGGUCAUGACCUUGACGUGGAAGCAGAGGUUGGGCGCCACGGACCUCCAUCUUUGCCUGACUACUCGUCCGGCAUGCCAUGGAAUAUCUCUGGAUCUCGUCAGAGCUCUGCUCAACCUCUGGGAAGCGGCCUCAUCCCGAGGCUGAGCUCAAGCGUCGGCGGUUUAUAUGGCGGAAUGGAACUGGGACCGCCAUCCACCCUAGGCAAACGAGGAUCACGUCUCACCUCCGCCAGUCCACUGCUUGGGAGAGGCCUAGCUUCACUGUCCAGACAGAGUAGCCAAGGCCCUCUCGAUGCUUCACGAGUCACGAACAAUGGAGACGAAUUUGCGGACCUAGACGCGCAGCUGGGGGCAGAUAUUGAUCCAGAUUUUGAACUGUACGGACCGUCCGCAACUGUGGAUACGCAAACAGCCGCACAGUCUCAAUGGGUCGCUGCAACACUGGAGAAAGAAGCAUACAAUUUCCUUUCGUUCGUCAAUACAAAGAUCCAAGAGAAAGGAGAACAAUGGGAAGAUGUGGUUGCGGAAGAAAGGGGUGCAAGACAAGCAAAGAUCACCCUGGACGAGCUCCUUCCGCCAACUCAAAACUCACCGAUUGUGGGCGCUCAAGCUCUCCUUCACGUGCUUGCUUUGACUACGAAGGGUUUGCUCAAGGUCUCCCAGGCAGACGGGUUUGCCGCCGCCAUUGAAAUCUCGGUCGUGAGUUAUUGA